CUAGACUAGUUUCAAUCUGGGUUAGAUUCUUUGCUUUCGGCUCUCUUUGCGAUCGUUAGUAACAAUGCGCCCAACAAUGUUUAACGCGUCGAGGCACUCGUUUCUAUCUUGUCCCCAACGCAUACCCCCGUCCAUUCGGUGUCGCGCUGAGACGCACACUUCCAGUCCAAGUUGCUCGCCGUGCUAAUAGUUCUACUGCCGAUGAACGAACACUCAACCAGAGUGCAGUGUUACUUGACUCUAUAAUGGGGUUUUCGUUAGGCCUCGAAUUGAAGACCUCAUAGCUAUCGGAUGUAUUAUCUUCCUUCACGUCCCCAACCCAGACUUCAAGUCCAGACGUUUCACAAAUGCCUAUUCCGCCAGCAUCCGACCCCCUUCUUCAUUUCCUCGCAUCUUCCCUGUUUAACCAUGGAAAGCCUGCAAGGGCAGAGCGCGUCGUCUCCCGUAUCCUCCUUUAUAUUCACGCUCUUACCCACGCGCCACCGCUUCCUAUCCUCCGCCAUGCUCUCAUCACCGCUAUCAAAAAACAGCGCAUAAGGGUGGGUGUUCAUGCUGUAUUAACUGCCACUAAAAACAAGACUGGGAAGACAGUGGAGGAGCGUUUAGCACGAGAGAUUAUUGCUGUCGUCAAUGGAGACAGCAAAGUUAUUAUUGACAAAGAGCUGGCACACAAACAAGCUAUGUUCAAUAGGGGAAACGCACUUGUGAAGUGA